ACAUGGUCACCCGCAAGGAGAAGAAGAGCUGCGGGCAGGUGGUGGAGGAGUGGAAGGAGUUCGUGUGGAACCCCAGGACCCACCAGUUCAUGGGCCGAACCGGGACCAGUUGGGCCUUUAUCCUCCUCUUUUACUUCGUCUUCUAUGGCUUCCUCACGGCCAUGUUCACUCUCACCAUGUGGGUGAUGCUGCAGACGGUGUCUGAUCAUACCCCGAAGUACCAGGAUCGACUGGCCACACCAGGCUUGAUGAUUCGCCCCAAGACAGAAAACCUUGACGUGACGGUGAAUGUGAGUGACGCUGAAAGCUGGAACCAGCAUGUUCAGAAGCUCAACAAAUUCUUGGAACCUUACAACGACUCCAUCCAAGCCCAGAAGAACGACGUCUGCCGCCCUGGGCACUAUUAUGAACAGCCAGAUAAUGGGGUUCUCAACUAUCCAAAACGUGCCUGCCAAUUCAACCGCACCCAACUGGGUGACUGCUCUGGCAUCGGGGACCCCACCCACUACGGUUACAGCACUGGGCAACCCUGUGUCUUCAUCAAGAUGAACCGGGUCAUCAACUUCUAUGCAGGAGCAAACCAGAGCAUGAACGUUACCUGUGCAGCAAAGAGAGAUGAAGAUGUGGAGAACCUGGGCAGUUUUGUCAUGUUCCCUCCCAAUGGCACCAUUGACCUCAUGUACUUUCCCUACUACGGCAAAAAGUUUCAUGUAAACUACACGCAGCCCCUCGUGGCGGUGAAGUUCCUGAACGUCACCCCCAACGUUGAGGUGAAUGUAGAAUGUCGCAUCAACGCCGCCAACAUUGCCACAGAUGACGAGCGAGACAAGUUUGCCGGCCGGGUCGCCUUCAAACUCCGCAUCAACAAAACCUGAGUCCCCCCCUUCUUCCGACCCCCCCCACCUCCUUCCUAUGGAUGCUUCUGGAAUGCCCCUGACCCUGCCUGAUCACUCCCUCCUGCACCCCAAAGUAUUUUUUAUAACAGAGCUAUGAUUUGUUGGCGUCUCACACCCUCAUGUACUUCUGAAUCUAGCCAGUGUCCUUUAUGAUCGAGUCCCUGGCUACACACAUUGCAUUUUCCCACCACCUCUCCCCUCAGUCACACAGGGAUAUGGGACCCUGGGGGACAGGGACAUGGGACUCUGGGGGAGUCAUAAAAGGAAUCUGGAGCCUCUUUACUUCUUAGAAGUCAGUCAGGUGUCUCUACAGUUUCCCUCCUUUUCUGCCCUUCAGUCCCCUGAGAACUCUUUGAAAAUAUUUCCUACCUACCUUCAUACCCUCCCACCCACCCACCCACCCCUGUCCACAUACACCCAUAUAUACAUGUCUCCCCAUCAUGUGGCUGUGUGUUGCUCUGCCACCCUCACACACCACACACGUACACAAAUGGGACACUCCAGUUCUUCCAUUCCCAAGCUCAGCUUCUGUCUGAUCUUCCUCCUGGUCUUUCCCUUUUCCCUUCUAAUGGUUCAACCCUGUCUCAGUGGCUUCUGGUUCCCCAGCAGAGACUUCCUGCCUGUCCCCAUUCCCUCCUGAAAUGGGCUGUCUGUGAGGGAGGACAAGCUCUGAGGCCUUCCCCAGUUCCUUGGCAUCCCCCCUGUGGUGAUGGCAUGUGCUGGGAAUGAGGGUAGGUGGUGGCAAAGAAGUCCUUGUUGAAUUCUUGAAAAUUCUUUUCCUGGUUCCUCCUAUCACCCUAGUGGCCCUCCUGGGAGGGCGGAGUUGACCCCGGCUGAAUAUUCACUUUGUUUUGCCCUGGCUCCCAGCCCCCCCUCUAUUUCCCAGAAUAUCCUUCUGGAACCACUUCCCAGGGUGCCUGGGGGAGGGGAGCUGUUUUGGCUGGGUCCCCAGAGGCCACCUUGGAAACGUCAGCUGGCCAGGGCAGGGGACUGUUCUGUCUCCUCCUCUUGGGCUCAGAUCUGUCCCCACUGUCACCUCUCUAGCUGCUUGUCGCAUGCUAUAUCUACUAAUCGGUACCUCUUCCCUUUCCUCUGCAUGCCUCGCAGAACUUGGCAAAUCCUCCUCUCACUCUAGUGUCAGAAGUCUCCUUCAGACCCCUUCACUUUAUAGAACCACCCCACGGUGUCUAUAAAAUAUUAAGUGAGAGAUCCCCUUUGUUUUGGAGUUAGAGGCAUUUUAAUUAUUUUUCCACCUCUCCUCUCCAUUCCUAAUGUCCCUUUUGUUUUUGGACGCUGCAGUCUCACACGCCACCCGCAGAGGAACUCUUGACUUUUUAUCUCUUGCUAGGGUUGUCUCUUGCCUUGGGGUCCCCCUGUGCUUCCUCGUCCCAUGGUCUCUCUCUAUUUCUCUCUGCAGUUAUUUAAUGCCUGUGUCAGAUCGAUCUACUGUAAAAAGAAGAUAAAGUACAAUAAAAUGAGAGCAAUUAUAUAUAUAUAUAUA